UUUUAGGUUAUACUGCACUAAAGACAACGAAUGCGGUUUAAACUGCACCGUAAAGGAUAUUGAUACUAACAGCUGUGAAUUAAGGAACUUACACUUGAAAUCUUGCACACAAUAUAUAAAAAGAGAUUUCAGUUUAUAAAAAUUUUGAAAACAUAUAAAUUGACAUAAAAACCAUAAUCGGACCUUCGCUUUGUUACUAAGGCGGUUAUGUAGCUGCAUCAAAAGGACAUCAUCCUAAACCCCUUAAAGUGGGACGCCACACAAUCUGUGUUAUUAAUACACGGCAUGCAAACAACGGCUUCUUACGGACCGUCAGUACAGCCUAACAUUUUAAAAGCGAUGCAGCCACAACCCGCACAAAACAUGUAUGUUCAACCGGCAGUUACUAACAGUCCCAGCCAAGUGCGUUCUAAUCAAGCAGGCAGUUUAUAUCGAGGACCCUCUGCUAGUCCAGCGCCCCGUAAUGGCGCUCGUCAUGUCCCAAUGCAAGCUAUGUAUCCACAGACGAUGCAUCAAGGAGUUCAAAGCGUCGUAGUACAACCUUUUCCACAAUAUCAGCGUCAAGCGUUUCAAGCACCACCCUACGCACAAUAUACGCAACCAAUGCAGCCAAAUUAUCCAUAUCCAUAUCCCUCAUACUACCCUGUUCCUGCGCAGCGCGGUGCUGUAGGUGUUAGUACUGGAGUCGGUGUUGGUAACACAAUGUCUGUACAAUCAGGGCCAAAUGGUCCAAUGACAGGUCCGCCUGGUGCUACACAAACUCAGUUGCCGUUAGCGCCUGGAACGGUGCUUACUACGAGUGCCGUACCACCUGGCUCUAACCCAGCGGUUUUGGGCGUAGGACCUUCCCCCAGUGGACAGCAGGUUGCCGUCCAGUCGAUGGUUGGAGUUGUGCAAACUACUGUUCCUACACAGCCAAGCCAAAAGUCUACACGUCGGCGUGCACAUGCUCUCGAAAUCAUUGAUCCCAGCACAAAUAAAAAUAUUUUAGAAGAUUUCGAUAGGACGAAGACAUCUACAAGCUCAGAUGUUGAAUAUACCGACCAAAAUGUGUAUGUCCAGCAACCGAUUGUUAUGGCGGAUCAACUGCGUAAUAUGCCAUAUGAUAUGAUGGAAAUGCACCAAUUAGGUCGCGAUGUAACACUGGGGCAGACCCCAGUUGUUUCAGCUAUAACAGACGGUCCCUCAGUUGAAAUCCUACCGCCAAUGCAAAAGCCUAGAAGUAAAAAAAUACUACCAAUUGUUAAUCCUAAGGAUGGGAAUUCUGUACAAAGCUCAGGAACUCAACCAAGUGAUAACAGACCUUUGCAACCACAGCUUAUACAACAGCAUCAGCUCCUGCUUCAGUCAACCAAACUUAUAGAGGAAGGCGUGCAUGCUAAAAACCCUGACUGUAUUCAACAGCAACUGCCCGUUUCACAACAAUCCCAGCAGCAACAACCACACCAACCAUCCCAACGAGUGCCACAAAUAAAUUCGAAGCAACAACAAGCGCAAAGAACAGCAAAUGCAAAUAUAGUUAUAAAAGACGACUUCAAUAGUAACAUAUCCAAAGAAUGUGCCGCUGGGGACGGUAAUCUACGGCAACAACCGCAAAUUUAUAGUGCGGCUACCACAAUUAACCCGCCGAUUAGCGUUUCUGUGUCGACAGUAGCUUCGGAUGCUAUUCAAAACCAAAAUUUAUUAAAUAGUAUUGGUGGGACCGAUGAUUUGAAUACGGCGCCGACAACUGUCCCAGUACAACUACAGCAGCAACAGGACUUCCCAUCUAGUAAUGAUCCAGCAUCACAACCACCUGCGACAUUUAACAUUGUGAAUGCAGCUGGAGAGGUAGCAACUGAAAUAUCAACGACUUCAGCAAGUACACAAAUACCAGUGGCUGAUUCAAAAACGCACAAUAUGCAGCUCACCGAAAUAAUAGCUACUGAGGUUAAGCAAAAUAUUACUCAUGGUCCUCUCAAUGAUGACAUAAAACAAAAUGCUAAUGGCGCUGCUCAACCGGCCUCGUGUAAUGGUGCUGCAAUUGCCCAAGGUGACGAAAGCUCGUCCAAGUCAGCCGGCGAAAAUCAGAAUAACUGGAUAGAGGAAGCUGUUAUAGUUCAAAUGGACAAAAAUGCUGGCCGUAGUCGUGAGUCCUCGGUCAAUGAAACCGAUCCUGGACAAGAACAAUUACUGGAGCCGCCGAGUUUAAAUUCCAGAAGCAGUGCGGUGGUAGAAAAAGAAUACGAUGAGACUGACCGUGCCCUCCAUCAAGAACAGCACUCAUCUAAUGAAAUAGAAGCAUCUUCAAAUAAAUGCAGUAAAUCAACACAUUCAAGUGUUGUUACGGCUGAUACAGCGAUAGUAAAUAAGCCCACAUUGUCGCCAACUGAAACCACAGAGUCGGAGAUAGACGCGAGUAGUCUUAAAAAUGAAAACAGCGAUAGCGAAAAUAAUGGUAGUCCUGACGUUCCGCGUAGUAGUUCAAAUGGAGAUAAGAACCCAAUUGAAGCUGAUGAAAAAAGUCCCUCAGAAGGUGGCGAUCAGUCAAUCGCGCAACAAUCUUUGAUAAAUUACAACGAGGGCCAGUGGUCACCCAACAACCCGACAGGAAAAAAACAAUACCAUAGAGAACAACUUUUACAAUUAAGAGAAGCGAAAGCUUCACGUAGGCAACCUGAAGUGAAUAAUGUAGCUAUAUUACCGACCCCCAAUUUGAUGCCAUCUUUUGUCCGUCCCAAACGUGUGCAGUCCAUGGUUGGUUCGUUGAGCAGUAAUCGUGGUGCAACUGGAAGUGUUUCUGGCGUGGAUGGGGGCGGCAACUAUGGAAAUAAGCAGGCAUCAAUGUCAGGUGUCCAUGCACGAGGAAGCAUGAAAGGAAUGAUUCGCGUGAAUCUCUCGCUAAAUCAGGAUGUGAAACUAAAUGAAACUGAUAACGCCUGGCGUCCUAGUGUUCUUGUUAAAGGAAGCGAGGCCGAAGCCGAUCCCGAGGCUGGGGCGAAGCGAGAAAAAGAUGAACUUAUACGUCGUGUGCGUGGUAUACUAAACAAACUAACGCCUGAGAAAUUUGAUACUUUGGUUGAAGAAAUUAUUAAGCUUAAGAUCGAUACACCCGAUAAAAUGGAAGACGUAAUGGUUCUUGUAUUUGAAAAGGCAAUAGAUGAGCCAAACUUUUCCGUAUCAUAUGCACGUUUGUGCCAUCGAUUGAUUACAGAAGUCAAAGCACGAGAUGAACGCAUGGAAAGCGGGACAAAGACUAAUUUGGCUCAAUUCCGUGCUGCUCUUUUAGAUAAAACGGAACGUGAAUUUACACAAAAUGUUACAAAAAGCAAAGCAAAGGAAAAGAAGUUGCAACCAAUUAUUGAAAAAAUUUCAAACUGCAUAGAUCCUACCGAAAAGGCUGAGUUAGAAGCACAGUUGGAAGAAGAGGAACGAAAAAUCCGUCGCCGUUCGGGAGGAACAGUACGUUUUAUUGGAGAACUUUUUAAAAUUUCCAUGCUCACCGGAAAAAUUAUUAACUCAUGCAUUGAAGCACUUCUAAAUCCUAAUUCGGAAGACCAGCUUGAAUGCAUGUGCAAACUUCUAACUACGGUCGGUGCUAAAUUUGAAAUGACACCUAUUAACUCGAAAGAGUCUUCUCGUUGCUAUUCGUUGGACAAAACUAUAGCUCGAAUGCAAGCUAUAGCAUCUAAAUCGGACAAAGAAGGAGCGAAAGUGAGUUCACGUGUGCGUUUUAUGCUUCAAGAUGUGAUUGACUUACGCCGAGACAAGUGGCAAUCGAAACGCAACGAAGCACCAAAAACAAUGGGGCAGGUUGAAAAAGAGAUGAAAACUGAACAGCUGUCCUCACAAUAUUUCAACUAUGCUGGAUCAGUUUCGGGUGGCGGAGGCUCCAAUGGUCCGUCGUCAUUAGGCCCUGGUGGAAAGCGAGAUGAACGUGGAGGAGGUGGUCGAUAUAACGACUCACGGUCCGGUUAUGGAGGUAGUCACAGUCAGCGAGGUGAUACCGGGAGCCUCAGGAGGCAGCAAGGUGGUGGAAACAGUGGCACUAAUAGCGGAGGCCAUUCAAACUCAAAUAAUGACGACAGCACAUGGAUUGUCCAAACCAGUAAGGGAAGUCGUUGCUUAGAUACGAACAAAUUGGAGGGAUUGACAACCCCUAAUAACUUUGAACCUAAGAAAAUGGGUGGUGUCUCUCAAUUUAUUUGGUCCCAUGGCUCACGGCAAUCUUCCACGCCCACAUCUACACCUACGAAUUCCUUUGCAGCCCUAUCUGCGCUCAGUGAUACUAAUAGAAGUAACGAUAGGGAUCGUGAACGUGAUAGAGACCGAAGUGGGCCGCGCAGUAAAGGAUCUUACAACAAAGGUUCCAUGGAGCGAGACCGUUAUGGCAUGCAUCCACGAUCGGGUUCUUCUCAAGCAUCGCGAGAAAGUUCCUCGUCGCGGGGACCCCAACCAUCACGGUCGUCAAUGGGUACAUCUGCUAUGCAAAAGUCUGCAAGUCACUCCAAAUACACUCAGCAACAAUUGCCAUCAUCGAACAGAAUGACAUCAAAGGCUGCUCUUUCAGCGGCAGGGCCGUCAUUAUUUUCUCAGCGCGGAAUUGAUACAUACUCCCUUUCAAACCAACAAGGAGACAAUAGCAUGAGUGGGAUGCCUACAGAACCGCCAACUGCAGUUUUUGAAGAAUCAAGCACUGGUGAUAUCAGAAUCAUUAAGUCGGUAGUUUCCGAGAUGCUAGAAGUAGCUUCGAACUCAAAAACUCUAAAGAAUUCAAUAGAACCAUGUAUGCUUCGAGUUCGGGAAAGCCAACGUAGCGCACUUUUGUGCUAUAUUAUGACAGAUUUUUUGCAUUUGCGGCAAGUUGGCAAAUUGCAAAGACGUCAUUUGGGCAACAUAGUUGUUUAUUUAAUUAAGAGCAAUUUUAUAACUCGUGAACAUUUUCUGUUAGCCUACAACAAAUUCUGCGAAAUAGCCAGUGAUUUAGCACUUGACAUUCCUGAUCUCUGGAAAUAUAUGAUCGAAUUUACCGGGCCGUUGGUUCAGAAAGGGUACAUAACAAUCAACGAUCUUUGGAGUAAGCAACUGAAAGAAGACAACGCUCCGAGCUUUGGAAGGAAGUUAUUGAAGAUUUCUUUAGAAUACUGUUUAAGUGAAAUUGGUCCUAGUUUUACGCGUACCAUGUGGAAAAAGAAAAACAUAAACUGGACAGACUUCAUGGACGAGAACGAAGUCAAAAGUUUUAUUCAGAUAAAUAAAUUUGAAUAUAUUGAGAACGAAACAAUACAACCUACAAUCGUUAUUAAUGAGCCCAAAGAAGAUAAUAUAAACAGAGUUUCGGAGAAUGUAGAGCAAUUGUUAAAAGAGGAAGCAACGGCAGAUUGUAUAAUAGAUUACAUAAAUGGAAACGUUGUGGAUAGUGAUAAGCACUUUAUCAGAACCCUAGCAACUAAACUGUGUGAUUUCGCGAUUUCAUACAAAGAAAAUAGCUAUAAAUUGGAAGCCGAUUGUUUUCGAAAAAUUUGCAUACCUGUUUUACAUCGGUAUAUUGAUUCCAAAGAGGAAUUCGAAUUGGAAUGCUUAUAUUCAAUGCAGCUAUUGGUAGCACGGUUAGAACAUCCGAGAGGUUUGCUGAGUGAUCUGUUUGGAGAACUAUACGAUGCUGAUGUAAUACCACAAGAUUCCUUUAUUAAAUGGCGGGACUCAAAAGAUCAAUCAGCCGGCAAAGGUGUUGCUGUGAAAGGACUCAAUCCGUUUUUCAAUCAUGUACUUAGCAGCGAGACUAGCGACGAGAAUAUCUAACGGAACUUUAAUCAACAACACAUGCCUUUAGGUAAAGACUAAAUAAAUAAUGUAUGUUUAAAGUGAAUGCAAUUAGAGACGUCUUAUAAAUAUUACUGUAAAUCUAUCGCAUAUAAAAAUAUAUAAAGGAGUAUAAUAAUAGUGCAAGCCUAAAAUAAUAUAUAUUUUUUUUUACAUUAAGGAAUAUUUAAGAAAGUUCGAGUGAAUAUAUGAAAUAAAUCAUCAAGAAAAGGAAAAUUGGUAUAAAAAUGCAUAUAGUGUAGUUUUAAGCUAAUCUUAUAAAAAUAUUAGGGAAUUUCUUUAUUUUCGGAAUCGUUUUGAAUUUGUGGAAAAAUUUAACUAUAAAGAAAACAUAAGUGUAAGAAACAAAAAAAAUUUAUCAGAAAACUAUAUUAAUAUGAGGUAUGAAAACCGAUACUUUUCGCAAAAUCGUGUAUGUAACUAACACCGUUCAGAUCUACCACUAGCGUUCAUUACUGCAUCUCUGAGAGAUUGAAGUAUGUAAAAUAUUAAUAAUUAAGCUUAUUGUACACAAGUUUUUAAAGCUAUACAUGAACUAAAACGAGAAAAAAACGACAACAAAAAAUCAAA